AUGCCAAAUUUCAAAGCCAUUUCGUACUAUGGACACAUAAAUGAAAAUGAUCUAAUGGAUGUGACCAAAGAUGUCACUGCUCAUCAGCUGAAGCCAUUACCAACUACUCCAGGUAGAGGUGGGUCUCAGAGCUCAGAUUCGGAUUCAUCUGCCACACCAGGAAAUGCCGUGGACGUGAACAACGAAGGUUCCUCCGAGGGCUUUAUUUGUCCUCUCUGUAUGAAGUCUCAUGGAUCAGCUGAGGAGCUGUUCAAGCACUAUGAAGCAGUUCAUAAUUCUGGCAUUGAUUCAACUCAUGGAGGGGAAGGUCAUCUGUCACCGGAAAGAGAUGAAGUAUCACUGCUCCGACAAGAAGUCCAAGACUUGCAAGCUUCGCUAAAGGUUGGAAAUGUAUUUUACUUGCACUUGUCAAAAAAGCUAGAGAAAUUGCAGGGGCAGCGGCUGCAAGAUUCUAAGUCUGAUGGAUUGACAACGGCUACAUCUACAGAAUCAUUAGAACGACAACUAGAAGAGAUCCAAAUAGAAAAUUUUAACAUUAAGCAAAUGAAAGACUUAUUUGAGCAAAAAGCGGCACAACUGGCCACUGAAAUUGUGGAUCUUAAAUCAAAGUAUGAUGAAGAAAUCAGCCUUCGGGAAGGUGCAGAACAGAAAGUGACAAACUUGACACAAGAACUGCAGAAGGAGAGAAGUACAGUGGAAGACUUAAAGACAGAGCUGCUACAAAGGCCUGGUGUGGAAGAUGUGGCCGUCCUGAAAAAGGAGCUGGUCCAAGUUCAGACGCUGAUGGACAAAAUGACGCUGGAACGUGAGAGAGAAUCUGAAAAGCUGAAAGACGAGUGCAAGCACUUGCAGGCAGAGCAGGCUAAUUCGGAGGCUACCAUUAACCAGUUAAGAGCUGAACUUGCCAAAGGACCUCAGGAGGUAGCUGUGUAUGUUCAGGAGCUGCAAAAACUUCAAAGUUCAGUCAAAGAGCUAGAACAGAAAAACCAGAGUCUGACUGAGAAGCUGCUGAAGAAAGAACAGGACUACACCCAGCUAGAAGAAAAACACAAUGAAAUAUCUGUGAGUAAGAAGAAUGUGCAGGCAAGCUUUCACCAGAAAGACCUGGACUGCCAACAGCUUCAGGCAAAGCUGUCUGCAUCUGAAGCCUCCAUACAGAGAUUACAGACAGAGCUAGGUGAGAAGGGGGAAGCAAGCCAGAAACUUAAAGAGGAGUUGUCUGAAGUAGAGACAAAGUACCAGCAUCUCAAGGCGGAAUGUAAACAGCUCCAGCAGCAGAGGGAGGAAAAAGAGCAGCAUGGCCUGCAACUCCAAAGCGAACUGAGUCAGUUGCACAGUAAACUUCUAGAAACAGAGCGCCAGCUAGGGGAAGCACACGGGCGGCUCAAGGAACAGAGGCAGCUGUCUAGUGAGAAACUGAUGGACAAAGAGCAGCAGGUGGCUGAUCUGCAGUUAAAACUUUCUCGUGCUGAAGAGCAGCUAAAGGAAAAAGCAGCAAAUUCCACAGAAUUGCAACAUCAAUUAGAUAAGGCAAAACAGCAGCACCAGGAACAGCAGACACUUCAGCAAAAUACUACAGCAAAACUACGAGAAGCCCAGAAUGAUUUGGAGCAAGUACUACGACAAAUUGGAGAUAAGGACCAAAAAAUUCAAAAUCUUGAGGCUUUGCUUCAAAAAAGCAAAGAAAACAUCUCUCUGCUAGAAAAGGAAAGAGAGGACUUAUAUGCAAAAAUUCAAGCUGGUGAAGGAGAAACUGCAGUUCUUAACCAGCUACAAGAGAAAAACCAUGCAUUGCAAAUACAGGUAACUCAGCUGACAGAGAAGCUGAAGAAUCAAUCAGAAAGUCAUAAACAAGCCCAAGAGAAUUUGCAUGAGCAAGUGCAGGAGCAAAAGGCACAUCUAAGAGCUGCUCAAGACCGUGUGCUCUCCCUGGAAGCAAACAUCACUGAACUAACCAGCCAGCUCAAUGAAAGUAAAGAGAAAGUUUCACAACUUGAUGUACAGGUAAAAGCAAAGACUGAUUUGCUACUUUCAGCAGAAGCAUCGAAAGCUGCUCAAAGAGCAGAUCUUCAGAAUCAUCUGGACACUGCCCAGCAUGCACUGCAAGAUAAGCAACAGGAGUUAAAUAAGGUCAGCGUUCAGUUGGAUCAGGUUACAGCGAAGCUGAAUGAUAAGCAGGAAUACUGUGCUCAGCUGGAAGCCAAUCUUAAAGAGUACAAAGAGAAACGUCUUUAUUUAGAACAGAAAACUGAAGAGCUAGAGGGACAGCUUAAGAAACUUGAAGCUGACAUUCUUGAUGCUAAAGCAAGCAAAGAACAAGCUCUUCAGGAGUUACAGCAGCAGCGACAGCAAUCUACAGAACUAGACCUCCGAACAGCAGAACUGACUAAACAACUUGAAGCAGCAACAGAAGCGCUAUCUAAUGCUAAAUUGGAUUUGCAGAAGAAAUGUGAGGCCCUUGAACAAGCGAAACAGCAAAUUUCAAAGCAGGAGGAGGAAAAGGCCAGCCUCAAACAAAACCUUGAGAAAUCAAAUCAAGAUACAAGUGAACAACUCAAGGAAUUGGAUUGUAAAAUGCAAGCAGCAACAUCAGAGCUGCAACAAGUGAAAUUAGAGAAGGAUACUCUAUUAAAAGACCUUACAGCUACCAAAGACAAGCUCUCAAAAAAUUCUGAAUCCUUCAAAAAAAGAAAGGAGGAAUUAGAAAAAGAAAUACAAAAAGGAAAAGCAGCUGUGGCAGAAAUGGAAAAAUCUUGCCAAGAAGUAAAACACCAGCUCCAGGUACAAACAGAGUCUGUAGCUAAAGAGAGGAAUGAAUUGAAAAACUCACUGGAAAAAAAGGAGGGGAUUUCUAAGCAGUUGUCGAUAGAACUUGAUUCAGCACGAGCGCAAGUACUGGAAAUUCAGGGUCUUCUGAAGGAGAAAGAAAAAAGUGAACAACAUCUUCAGGGAAAGCUGAGAGAGUUAAAGGAAUCUUUUGAGCAGAAGAAAAAACAUAGUGAGACACUGCAAGCUGAAUUAAAAACUGCCCAUUUAGAAAAGGCAGAACUGGAGAAUAAACUACAACAGCAGUCUAUUUUGUCAGCACAGGAGCUUAAAGCAGAGAAAGUCAAGCUAGCAGACUUACAGAAGGCCCAUGAAAAACAUAAGGAAAACAUGGAGAAGCUGCACCUUAAGUCCACAGAAGAAAAACUUGCUCUAGCUCAAGAAGAAUUAGUUUCCAGCAGAAAUCGAAUUGCUAGCAAUAAUCAGCAGAUUCAGGAACUGAAGAAAGCGAAGUCUGCACUGGAGCAGGAUGCAUCAAAGAAGGAGCAGCAGCUGGGCGAGAAGACCAAAAUGUUACAGGAUCUUCAGAAUGACAGGAUUUUGAAAGAAAAAGACUUGGCUAAUGAAAAAUGUAAAACAAUAGAGCUCCAGGAAAUAAGGAGUAGACUUGAAAAAGAAAGCGUCAAGCUGGGUGAAGAGCUUAGAGCCUGCAAGCAAGAAUUUGAGAAGGAGGUGGCAAAUCUCAAAGAUGCAAAACAGCUAUUGAUUCAACAGAAAUUAGAGCUGCAGGGCAAAAUAGAUAAUAUGAAUUCAGCUCUGGAACAGGAGAAAAAAAACCAUCAAGUUGUCAAAGAUCAGCUGAAGAAGAGAGAAGAGGAGCUGAAGAAAGAAUGUGCUGAAGUUGAAGCUAAACUGCACACAGAGAAAAAAGAGAAGGAAGAAGAAAACCGGAAACAUGAGGAAAAGGAGACCAAGCUCACCAUGCAGGUCACAGCUCUGAAUGAAAACCUGGCUACCAUGAAGAAAGAGUGGCAAAGCAGUCAGAGGCGAGUGAGCGAGCUGGAGAAACAGACGGAUGAUUUACGCGGGGACAUUGCUGUCUUGGAAGCAACAGUGCAGAAUAAUCAGGAUGAGAGAAGAGCGUUGCUGGAGAGGUGUAUAAAAAGUGAGGGAGAAAUUGAAAAGCUUCAAGCCAAACUUGUAGAAAUGAAGAAAAAGCUGGACAACACUACUGCUGCAAUGCAGGAACUUGGCCGAGAAAACCAGUCGUUACAGAUCAAACACACCCAAGCUCUCAACAGGAAGUGGGCAGAAGACAAUGAGGUACAGAAUUGUAUGGCCUGUGGAAAAGGGUUUUCAGUGACAGUGAGAAGGCAUCACUGUAGACAGUGUGGGAAUAUCUUUUGUGCCGAGUGCUCAGCAAAGAAUGCCUUAACUCCUUCUUCUAAGAAGCCUGUCCGAGUCUGUGACACUUGCUUUAAUGACUUGCAAGGAUAACUGGCCAUCGUGAGUGACAAAGAAAUGUUACACUAAAAUUUAUAAUUUCUGUUGAUGCACUUCGUUCAGCACUCAGACUACUAUUUAGUUUGGACAAUGAUUGUAACACUUGGCAAAAUUUAGUAUAUUUUAAAAUGUUUAUUGAUACCAAGUAAAACUAUUGUAUUUUUUGUGAGACAUGGGCUCAGAUCAUCCAUAGCUUAUUGCCAUUUAUCCUGGAAAGAGCUUCUAUGUCUAGAUUAGAAAUACCCAGUUAUUUGUAAAUAAAGUUUAAACAGAGGAGUAA